AACCAGGAUUUUUCAUUCGCACAGUGUGUCUCGAUGGAGGAGGAAAAGCCCUGGAGAUUCCGCACGAGGAGGGGCUGCAAACCCAGCCCAGGGAGCUGCGGGGAGCAAAGAGCCCCCCUGAGCCAGGAAGGCGGCCGGAGAUCCAGGCAGAGCUCAGAGCUGGUGGAGAAGCCUCAUGGCAGGGAGAAGCCCCACAAGUGCUUGGAAUGUGGGAAGGGUUUCAGCGGGCGCGUUCAUCUGAUCCAACACCAGGUGGUCCACACUGGGGAACGGCCCUACGAGUGUGAGGAGUGUGGGAAGAGCUUCUGCUGGAGCUCCAGCCUGAUCCGGCACCAGAGGUUCCACACUGGGGACCGACCCUUUAAAUGUGGGAAGUGUGGGAAGAGCUUCAGCCAGAGCGGCAAUCUGAGUCAACAUCAGAACAUCCACACUGGGGAAAAGCCCUACAAAUGUGGGAAAUGUGGGAAGAGCUUCAGCCGGAGGGGCCACCUGAUGCAACACCAGGUCAUCCACACCGGGGACCGGCCCUACAAAUGUGGUGAAUGUGGGAUGGGCUUCCAGCAGAAGGUCGCGAUGCUGCAACACGAGAGGAUCCACACGGGGGAAAAGCCCUAUGAGUGUGGGGAAUGUGGGAAGAGCUUCAGGUGCAGCUCUGGCCUGAGGAAACAUGAGAGGAUCCACACUGGGGAAAAGCCCUAUGAGUGUGGGGAGUGUGGGAAGAGCUUCAGCAUGAAGUGGCAGCUGACAGAACACCAGAAGAUCCACACUGGGGAAAAGCCCUACAAGUGUGGGGAAUGUGGGAAGAGCUUCAGAGAAAGCUGGGUCCUGAUUCGGCACCAGGUGAUCCACACUGGGGAACGGCCCCACACCUGCUUGGAAUGUGGGAAGAGCUAUGGGUGGCUCUCUGACCUGAGAAAACACCAGCGCAUCCACACUGAGGAGAAACCCUACAAGUGCCCCCAGUGUGGGAAGAGGUUUCAAAGGAGUUCCGAUCUCCUCGUACAUGAGCGGAUUCACACAGAGGAGAGGCCCUUCCGCUGCCCCGACUGCGGGAAGGGCUUCAAGCAAAACUCCAAACUCAUCAUUCACCGGCGCAUCCACACCGGGGAGAGGCCCUACGAGUGUGGGGAGUGUGGGAAGAGCUUCUCCACGAGCUCAAUCUUGACCAAACACCAACGUAGGCGCCACUAAGGGAAGCCCUGUGAGUGCCCCGAGUGCGGGAAGAGCUUCUUUCGCUGCUCCAGCUCCAUCCCCAUGGGAGGGGAGGAUCGGCAUUGGAUGGUCCCCAGUUACCCCGCUGGGCAGAGCCCUGGUGAUCUGUGGUCCUGUUGAUCUGUGUUGGGAAGACACCUGGCUUGGAGGCUCCACAUCUUCCUGGUUCCCCGGGAGCACCUAGAUAAACCCAGCAGCAGGAACAUCCAUUGGGAUGCAAAUGAACAAUGAGAAUUCCUUGGGGAGAGCAGAUUUGUCGACUUUAAAAUCCCAUAAAAUCUUUUGCAUUCAAUCCUAUCUUCUGCUGGUGUCAAGGAGUACUGAAUGGUGUUGGAGGUAAGUUCCAGGUUGACUGGAAUGAGGUAUGGUGAUUGUAUCCCUGGUCUUUUCUGUUUAUGCUGAAUGAUAAGUUUUGCACCUUUGGACUUGUCCUGAGAGUGAAGGGGGGAGAGAAGUGCAGAGUUUGUUCACAGACACUGCACUCACUCCUUCACAUUCCUGCUCCUGCACUGUGUUGCCUGUGGAUGGACAGACAGCGGGACAGAGCUCUCCAUGGCUUUUAGUUAGUUUUAGCUAGCUGAGGCAAAGCAGUUCCCUGGACUGUGUUUUUUUUUCCCCUUUUCUUUGUACCUGUUAUACCUGCUCUGCCCUGAACACCAGAAGAGCACUGGCAGCUCACACCUGUGGCCCACCGGGCUGGGCCUGGGCCGUGGCAUUUCCAGCACUGGAGGGACUGAUCAGAGACUGAGUGAGCCAAGCUACAGCCCACAGAAGGACUUUGUGAAUUUGUCUCCCUUUUAGGAGCAGCAAGAGGUUUUAUUGUUUAAUAUUGUUUAGGUUU